AUGUCAAAUGAGAAGAACAUGGUAUCAAAAUUGGAGAACCAAGAUAAUUGCAAAGAUUCUUCUCUCUUGGAUUUGCCCGAAUGGAUCUUGGAUUGCAUACUUGAGCUCCUCUCACCUCUGGAUUUGUGCAGAGUGGCACAAGUGUGUACCUUUUUGAGGUAUAGAAGCAGUAAUGAUGCUUUGUGGGAGAAAAAAGUGCAGCAGAAAUGGGGUAGGGUGCUUGGUGAUGUUGCUCAUCAAGAGUGGCAAUGGCACACAACAAAGAUGAUCACAGAAAGCUUCUUGCUACAGAAGAAUCAAAGUGGAUCAUGUGGCUCUUUCAGUGGUGUUUGGCCUUUUCUAAGCUUUCAUUCUUAUUUGGAAAAUUUUAUUGACUUUGUUAGUUUGUCUAAAAAUUGUUCAAAAAUGGCUUUGUAUGUCUGUCUUGAGAGUGGCCACUUCUGGUUUCCUGUUCAAGUGUACAAGCAGGUUGCAAAUCUAUUCUGUUAUGAUGCCAUUGUCAGCUAUGACUCUAGAACAGACACCUUCCGAGCAAGGUCUCCAACUGGAGGGUGGCGAAUGAUUGAGGAAAAUGUUGAGUGGGAAAGGUUGAGAGUAUCACCAGUUGAGACUUCUGCAAGGGAUUUUUAUAUGUCUAACUGCAUGAAUGAUUUGAAACCAGGAGACCAAAUUGAAAUUCAGAUGAGAAGACGAAAGGAAUUCCCUUAUGAUUGGUGGUAUGCUGUAGUUGGUCAUUUGGAAUCAUGUGACGAGGACGUGAAUCAUUGCCAUUGCCAAUAUAGCGACAUGUUGGUAGUGGAAUUCAAGCAAUACCGGCCCGAGCAUAGAUGGAGAAGAUCAAUGCUUAACAGAAACGUGUACGAGGAACAGGGUACUAGGCUUCGCUGGUUCGGUGGAAUCAGAAAACUUGAUAAGGAGGAAGAGAUUGAAAGAUGGAACAACCUCUUUGCAUCUUGA